AUGGACUACUCGUAUCUGAAUCAGGCCGCGGCCGCGGCAGCGGCCGGCUUCGAAGCCUCCAGCUGCGCUUUGGCCGCCGGCGAGAUGCAGUGUAGUUACGGAGAUCUGAGCUCGUGCUCGCAGAUGAGUCAAGCGGCCUAUCGUUACACCGCGGCACGAGCUGCCGGAUAUCCCGGUAAUGCGGCCGCUGCCGCCGGUGCUGCGGCCGGUGGCACGCCACUCACGGCCCAUCACACUGCGCACCCCCAUGCCCACGCGCACCAUGGGGCCCACUCGACCCCCUGCUCCGUAAUGGCUGCCAGGUCCCAGGAAGUCCAUCGGCACGCCGCCUCCAUUUUCCCAUCGGCUAUCAAUCUUCAGAGCGGUUUGGGAUAUAAAGCUUACUCAGGGCACGAUGGCCUCGCGGAGAAGAGAAAACAACGUCGGAUACGAACGACAUUUACGUCGGCUCAACUGAAAGAAUUGGAACGUGCAUUCCAGGAGACACAUUAUCCAGACAUUUACACUAGAGAAGAGAUUGCUAUGAAGAUCGACCUGACGGAAGCUAGAGUGCAGGGCUGGGAACGAGAGACGAUUCCGGGAGUCGAGGGGUUGCUGCAGUUGGUGGCACGGAGGGAUGUGUGUGUGUGUCUGUGUGAAAUGGGGAAAACAUUCGCCCGGGUUCUGGUGGCUAGUGUCGGGGCUGGGCUGAUACACAAGGGGCCCAUGCCAGAGUGUGCGCUGGUAUGGUUCCAGAAUCGGCGAGCGAAAUUUCGCAAGCAGGAGAGGUUGGCUCAGCAGAAGUCUACGUCGCAAAGUGGCAUCGGGGUCGACAGCGGCGCGUCCAGCCCCGUGGCCGGUACAGUGAAGGCGGAAGGACGGUCGCCGAGGAGUCCGGCGACACCACCCGGUGGCUCGAACAGCGUGCUUUCGUCGAAUGAGAUCAAGCCGAUCGCUAACCAGAAUCUGGUGAAUGUGAAGCACAAUACGGAUGGCACAAGCGACGGCUCGCCCAACGCUCGGGGAAACAGCGGCGGCGGCGGUACCUGGGGCUCCUGCAGUCCCAGGCCCUUCUCGGCGGCCCUGCCACCCUAUCUGUUAGAUCCGCUGCCGCUGAAAACCGCGAAUCUUUACUAA